UUCCCCACCCACCGCCGAACCCGCCGUCUCCGGCGAGCCCUUCGCCGUCGCCGCCGCCGCCGCCGCGUUUGCCAGCCAGGUGGGAGAGAAGCGGAGAUGGAGGCGAAGAUCUCGUCGCUCUGCGCCUCCCUCACGGCCGUCCUCACCCACGCCGACGACUCCUCCCGCGCCCUCUCCGACGCGAUCUCCCGCCGCCCCAUCCACCUCGAGUCGGCGGCGAGCGCGUUCCUGCAGGGGCUGGACCGGCGGGCGGAGGCGGCGGGCGCCGACCUGUCGCGCCUCGAGUCGAUGGCGUUCGGCACCGUCUCCUUCGAGGAGCUCCUCGGCCACUGCGGCGAGGCGCUCUCCAUCUCCUCCCGCCACGCCGACGCCAUCGAGUCGCGCCUCGUCUCCUUCGGCUACGCGCCACCCGAAGAGGAGGAGAGCGAGGAUGAGGGUGUGGGGGAAGAUUGGGAUGCGGAGAAGCUUCCCGAGGUUCCUGGGAAUGGGUGCUUCGGUGGAGGGAGCUCAGUGCUGAGGUCCAGUGUGGAGAUGGCUGCGGACGACGACGUAUUAUUUGAGAACUCCAUGUCACUUAAGAAUCUUGGCUUUUCAGAUGCUUGUCUAGCUACCUUGUCCUCUCAUGACAGUGGUUUAACUAGAAGCACAGAUAUACUUUACAAAAAACCUGAAAGUGUUGCUGAUGUUCAAGAGAGUGUAGAGCAUGCUGAGUCCGUUCUAAAUAGUCAAGGUAAUGAUGCACAGGGAAUGAUAAAGGCAUCAAAGGAGGAUUAUGAGAACCUACCUCCAUUCAUGAAGACUCUUGCAUCAUGGGAGGAAUUGGAGGAGGCAAUAUUGAAAUUAAAUUCAUACUUUGGCAGUGACAAAGCUCAGGGCAGUAUUGCAUUGAAGCAAGAUGACGUAGGAGAGAUUGGAUUGGGGCGCAAAGGAAGAUCCUACUUGUUGAUCCUUCUGCGGAUGAAUCAAUUGACAAUGGAGACGAUUGAUGGCUCGAUUUUCUACAAUCUACGCAAAGAGUGACUCCUACGCAAGGGAAUGUCCGGCCGCUGGGACUUGAAUAGCUGAAUGUAAUAUAGUGUGAAGUUAUGCCUUUCCCCCCCUUUUUUGGUUACUUGUGCUACAAUAACCCUUGGGUUGUGUUAUUGUGUCCUAGCUGAAGCAGAGUGAAAUGCUUGUCAAUUGUUGCAGAGUGAAAUACCUUGUGAAUUGUGAUGAUAUAUUGUUGUCUUACCAUUUCUCUCCAAGUUUUCAAUCUUGGUAAUAUAUAUAAAAAAAAGAACAAGACUGCACGUCUUCAGUAUCACA